CAAUUCCCACCAUCACCACCAAAACACACCAUGUCCACCGACACCAACGACAACAUCGCUGCCACGCCCGCCAUUGAACACGAGCCACCCUCUCUCCCCGCCUCGCCGCACCCCAAGCGCAGCCGCAACAUCGAGCCCGAGCCCACGUUGCCCGGCGCCACAGCAGUAGUGCCCUCGAGCGUCAUCAGCGGCAGCACCAACGCCGCACCCGCCGGCGACGAAUCCGGCACCGCAACGCCGACGCCGCUCCAAAUGUCCGACUCGACGCACUCCGCGCCCGCCGCGCCCGCUGCGCCCGCCCCCGAGUCCACGACGCUGCAGAUCGAGCUGCUCUCGCCGUCCGCCCGCGCCCCGACCAAGGGCUCCCCCUUCGCCGCGGGCCACGACCUCUACGCCUCUGCCGACACUGUCGUCCCUGCCCGCAAGUGGGCCCUUGUCCCGACUGACAUCAAGAUCUCCGUCCCGGCGGGCACCUACGGCCGCAUUGCUCCCCGCUCUGGCCUUGCAUACAAGCACGGCAUCGACACCCUCGCCGGCGUGAUUGACGCGGACUACCGCGGCCCCGUCGGCGUCAUUCUCGCCAACCUCGACGACAAGGAUUUCCCCGUCAAGCAGGGCGACCGCAUCGCCCAGCUCGUCAUCGAGAAGUGCGUCAUGGCCGAGGUUGCCGUGGUAGAGAAGCUGGAAGACACUGUCCGCGGCGCGGGCGGCUUCGGCAGCACCGGUGGCUUUGGCGCCAAUGGCACGGCAUAGACUUGUCCGGUUCGCGUGUCGGGUGAGAGAGUGGAGAGAGAUUACUUGGAAGCAAGAAAAAAGACGGGCUGGGUUUCGGCGUUUAAAAUAUACCUACUCUCUAACGAGACUCGACGGCUACAUGGGUAGAUAAUUCACAUCCCCAUGGUGAGUGGUACUCC